AUGUAUGUAUGUAUGUAUGUAUGUAUGUAUGUAUGUAUGUAUGUAUGUAUGUAUGUAUGUAUGUAUGUAUGUAUGUAUGUAUGUAUGUAUGUAUGUAUGUAUGUAUGUAUGUAUGUCUGUAUGUAUGUUUUCAUGAUUGCUUCUAUGUAUGUUUGCAUGGUUGUACGUAUGUUUGUUUUGUUCGUAUAUCUUUGUAUGCUUUUUUAUAUCUUUAUACGCGUUUGUAUAUUAUUGUAUACUUUUGUUCAUCAUUGUAUUUGUUUUUAUAGUUUUGUAGACUUUUGUAUGCGUUUGUAUGUGUCUCUCUACGCUUGA